AUGGCUUCCACUACCGGCCCACCUGCAAGCCAAUUUUUAGAAACGAUUCAACACACUUUUCCGGCCUGUGCCGAGCCAACUAGAACCCUUCCCACUCCUUGGAUGGCGGCCGGGCGAGUAGACUUAACUACCGAGCACUGGUCUGUACUAUUAGACCGGGCGAAUCGGUCAUCACGCCUCGUAGAUGUGACAGCAACAGAUGGACAUGGUCUGAAUGAAUGGAUUGGCGGCCGAAGAGAGGAGAAAAGAGAGAUUAAUCAGGCGUGCAGCGAUGCCACUCUUCCUUCCGAAGGUUUAGAGCACUACGGUAAGAUAGCCUGCUUUUACUAUUCUUCACUGGAUUUCCCAUGUCAUCUCCUACUUUCGUCAAAAUCGCCGAGCUCUUGUAUGAGAACAACCCUCUACUUCAAUUCCAUCUACACCAACUCGAUUCCAACCGGUUCGUCUGCAACGAACGACAGCGGAAGAAGGGCUCUGGCUUGA